GCAGUUAAUUGAAAGAUUAGAUGGGUUCACUCCUCCCAAAAUUACGCUUAGGAACUUCACUAAAAAACAUAGUCAUUAAAGUAUACGCUAUUUAAGUGGCCUUUUAUUCAAUUAAUAUCAUAUUUUCUGCAAAUACAGUUUUAUAUAUAUAUACUUUUAAGAUUUGAAGUACACUACAAAUACACAUGCAGUACAACAAGCUUUUUCACAAGGGCAUCUAAAUUAAUUGGUACAUUUUCAAAAUAUUAUUUAACACAACUGAAUCGCCCUAAAUACACUAUUACACCAACCAAAAAAAAUUAAAUGUAAGGGGAGAUCAAGUAGAAAUAACUAGAAAUAAUCAGAAAAAACACUUUUCAGCCCAAAAUUUUCAGGAUUCCAAAUUAUCCUGAAAUGCAAAUGUAUUGGCUGUUCACAAAGUCAUGUUGUACAUGAAAUUUGAGACAUGUAACAUAAAAUGUGAAAAGCAUUUCUGGCACUUUCUUGUGUCUGGUCCUUUUUGCAUGCUGCAAACAACAACCAAAAAGAAAAACCUUUACUGGAAUAGAAGAUUAUUUUUUUUCACUAAUCUCCAGGCAUACAACAAAACAAAAGCAAGAGUAACUGAACAUUCUAGCAGAGGGUGUGGAGAAUAUCACAAAACCAUCAAAACAAAAUAUAGAUUUCUCAAAUAAUAUUAAAUCAAUGGAAUUUUUAUAAUACUGUUGUAUUAUACUGUCAUAUUUUGUUAUAUCUCAAUAAAUAAUUUGUUCAAAAAAUCAGUAGACUUUUUAAAGUUGUUUCUUCUUUGAAUGCUAAAAAAAACCCCUCAUUGCUCACACUUAAGCCUUGAGCAUGACAGAGGAGCAUAACAGAGGACAAGGCCACACUUACACUUACACUUACACACACACACACACACACACACACACACACAGAAAUUGCUGUUUAUCCUUGAAUACAUAAACUCACCAAACUCAUCAUAUGUCAGUCUGCUUUGACUGAACUGAAUGGCAAAGUAACAGCAAAUUCAAUAAUGAUUAACUACUUUAGCUACUUAAUGACAACAUCUAAUUAAUUAAAUCGUUCUCUUCCUUGCUUUCUCACAUCCUCUCUUUGUACAAAAAUAAAUAAAUAAAUAAUAAUAAUAAAAAUAACACAUUGGCUUUUUCCCAUUGUGUUGGCCAAGGUUAGAUUACGAUCAUACUCUGGUAUUGUCUCAUGCAGAAUAGGUAAAAAAUCAAUCCAGUCAACAUGUAGACACUUUCUAAGCAGAGCCGCUGAUCAGUGCUGCCCUUUAUUCCAGCUGUGUCUGUGGCCUGCCUCUAGAGCUCAUUAAACUUGUUGCAUACUGUUGCACAUCCAAAUUAGCAUUAACCUCAAUUCCAAUAUUACAUUUAUUGUGGAUGAAAUCACAGAACAAAACACAUAGCGACUAAAAUCAGCUUUAGGAAAGAAGGUAUUUUUCCUGGCUCUCUCGCUGCCCUCUUUAAGCUGAUUAAGGACUGAUAUAGGAGUCUGUUUUAAAAACAAAGUGAUGGUUAUUUGCAACAAGGACAAGUGCAAGUGGAGGUCCUUCAAAUAGUUGUCUGAAGGAAACAGCCUCAUUAAUUUACUAAUAUUGUAUGAUUUGUUUGUCUUGAAUUCUAUGAGCAUCACAGACAUUAAAUCACACUGAUUUUAUGAUCCAAUAUAUACUUUUUUAGAUUGGCUAUAAUAAUGCUGGUAAUGUAGCUGCAUAGAGGCCUACUGUAUAGUAGUAAAGUAUGUAGCUACAUCUACUGAACCCUAAAUCACAUAGCUAUAUAAGCUAAUGAAUAGCUAUCUUCAUGUGAACAAUAGCAAAAGACAGAUUUUGUAUGAAUUACCUUAUAUUUGUGGUGAAAACAUAUGCAAUUACUGUAGGUUAUUGGCAUGUAUUUUCACAACAUAUUGUAAAAAAAAAAAAAAAAAAAAUGUAAUAUUUAGUUUAAAAAAAAAAAAAAAAAAAACCUUACAUAGAGUCUCCUUAUCAUUUAUAAAAAAGGACAUGCCCACAAGUCAGUUCAUGACAUCACUUUUUCUUAUUAUUUUUGUUACCAUUUAUGCAUAUUAUGCUUUUUUUAGAUUACAUGUCAUGCUGUUAAUGUUUAUUAUUUUAUGGUUGUGUAUGUUAUUCUGAUUAUCUAUAUUUUUGUAGCAACACUGUGCAUUGCAUACAUGGUUAUAGCUGCUGUUUAUGGAAAGGCCUAAUCUGAUGAUAAUUUGAUCAUAUGUAUCAUUAUAGAGGUUACUAGUAUAUUUUAAAGUGAAAAGCAGAUUUGGGGCAUCAGUUAUUACAUAUAUUAUCAUGAAUUGAACUGAAAAAAUAUACAGACACCCCCAUGGCCUCCCCUAAUUCUGAAUAUUUCUGGUAACCACAGCUGUCAUAUUUAAUUUAACAGGAUUAUUUCAUGGAAUACAUUAUGUGUUCACACGAUAGGCUACACAAUGUAAGCCUACAAUAAGUAUUCUGUAAUACUAAUGACCUACACGUAGCCUCCCUAUGAUGUGUAAUCAUUUGUAGCGCAAUACUAUAAUAAUUUAUUCUUAUUCUGUAUCUAACAAACGUAGUAGCUAUACAAUGUUAGUUUUUAUACAAAGCGCACGUUCCUCGUCCAGCAGUGACAGAUGAAGGAAGGUAGUGGCUCCACCCCUGUACUAACAUCUCCCUUCUGAGAGCUCAUUCAUACUGAUGAGAUGUGGUGCACGAGCCACAAUCAACCUACGCGCGCGACGCAUCUUUCCACACAUGAUCUGAGAAGAACCCACAAUGUCACAAUCGUGCAAGUAGCUGUUUAAACGGGAAAAUGGUUCCUUUAUGCACUACAUUUGUUGAGCACAAGUACAUAAAGACUAACGGAUGGGAAACUAUAUGCACUUCGUGGCGCGCUGUCGCUGGAGGAAACUUCCACGCGCUCGGUCUGAUCAUCGGAUUCUCUUAGAGGGAAUGAGACGAGUGAAGUCGGGAAAGUUAGACUGAAGGAAAAUGUCGGCGACACAUGCCUCACCUUUGCCGAACAAAACCAGCCAAUAUGAGGACGUGGACGUGGACGCGGUCGAGGGCAACUGGCACCUUCUCUUUGGUUUAUCUUUCGCCAUCGCCACUGUCACUUGCCUGGGAGGUUUGUACUCGCUUAUGUCGUUGCUCAGGAUGAGGAGUAAGUCUUCCCUCUGUCUGAUAGUGGCUUCUUUAUCCAUAGACGACCUGAUCAGCGUCGUGCCGCUUACACUGUUCAUGAUCUUACAAUGGAGGAGCGGUGACGCGAACCGGUCGGGCGCUAUGUGCACCCUGUCCGGACUCCUGUAUGUUUUCCAAGGAUUGUCAAGCAAUAUGAAAGCCUGUCUCAUAGUUGCCUACACUUUUUACGUGACAAAGCGCUUUGGAGUGUAUCAAACCCCUAACCGACCUCUCGGAGUGUUUGUGGCGGUGGUGGCGGUGUGGACGGUGAGUCUCGCGGUCAGCGUCCUGCCCGUGUGCGGCUGGGGUCGCAUCGCCCCCGCUUCUCUCGGCUGUCUCCCAGAGAACGACAGCCUGUACGCACUGCUUCUGUUCUCUGUUUACUCACUGUGUUUCUGCGGGCUGGUAGUUUGUUCGGUUCCUCUCGUCUACCAUCUCAUGUGCUCCACGGAAGCCCUAAGAACAUUUUACCCGGGCUAUUUUGAAAUUGCCGGGUCGGCGCCGCUGUGUGAGAUACCCUCUCUGUCACGGGAUAGCUUGGAGAAAAGUUUGGGAGCCUACAAUGAAUUAAACUCGAAUGCUGGCAGUUUUAAGAACAGAACGGAGACGUAUUCACUGUCAUAUUCUCCAGCAACUGGUCAUUUCCAGAAAGAUGGAGCUCAGAGUGCACGACAUUCUCCUGUGUUUUUCUCUCAAAAGCGCUUCUCGAUGAUUCUUGCCAUGGCUCGAAUGGUUCUUUGGAUGCCAAUGAUGACCCAGAUCCUGGUGAGUCACGCUGUUCACAUGCACAGCUCGUCCUUGGAGACUCUCUGUUUUUUCCUGACCUUGCUCUCCUCGGUGGUUACCCCUGUGUUUGUGCUUUCGGAACGCUGGAUCCAUCUGCCGUGUGGCUGCUUCAUCAACUGUCGCCAAGGCUUAAGAUCUGAGCUUUCCACCGCAAAGAAAAGGAGAUUUGAAUUCAACCUCUCCUUCCAACAAAGCUAUGGCAUUUACAAGAUCCCCCAUGCCAAGUCACCAUCCAUCGAGAAACCCUCUUUUAACAGUUUAUACAGCUGUGAUUUCUCUGAAAGCAGAGUGGCAGUGCUGGACAGCGGUCAGAUUGGUAAAUUCAGCACCACAGCAGCAGAGGACAGCUCCCUCCACGGCGAGCUGCUGCUUGAGGAGAGAGUGGACAGCCAGCCUCAGAGCGCCACAGAAAGGGAUAGGCCAUGCAAUGUCUCACCUCAGAUUUCAAGCUGCGAUCGUGAGGAUCUUCACCUCGACAACUCGUCUGUAUUUGACGGUCCUGAGAGGAGGCUGUCCCAUGAGGAGUGUCGUAAAAUCGAGUUGACUGACUGGGAGUGGUGCAGGAGUAAAUCAGAAAGGACUCCUAGACAAAGAUCCAUGGCUGGGUUGGCCAUUCCAUUAUGUGCCUUCCAGGGCACCGUUUCCCUCCAUGCCCCCACAGGCAAAACACUGUCCCUCUCCACUUAUGAAGUCAGCAGCGAUGGCCUAAAGAUCUCCCCCAACAAUGCAAAGAAAGUUGAGGUGUAUCGUUCCAAAUCGGUGGGUCAUGAACCUAGUGCAGAAGAGCCCAACUCCAGCACUGGGGGUGGGGGAGUUGGAGUCGCAGACACAAACGUAAAAAUCCACCUGGAAGUUCUCGAGAUCUGCGACAAUGAGGAGGCCAUGGACAGUGUCUCUAUUGUCUCCAAUAUCAGCCAGUCAUCCACACAUGCUCGUUCGCCUUCACUACGCUACUCUCGCCGUGAGAACCGCUUUGUGUCAUGUGACCUUGGCGAAACGGCCUCAUACUCCCUGUUGAUUCCCACGAGUAACCCGGACACGGACAACAUCAACAUCCACAUUCCGGAUACAGUAGAAGCACACAGACAGAACAGCCGGAGACAGCACCAGGAGGCUGGAGGUUACCAGGAAGAGAUACAGCUGCUCAAUGAAGCCUAUAGGAGGCAGGCAGGUGAUCAAGGGAACUGACAUAACCAGAUAUACAAGGCUAAGCCAAUAGGCUGAAAAGUCUCAAGGAAGAAGUAUAGAAUGUUUGGAUGAAAGAUUGUGACAAAAGCUCAUAGAGUUGCAAGAUCAGGGUAGAUUAAAGCACGCAGACCUAAAAAUCUGAUCACCAUCUAAGUACUAGCAGCAAAAUCAGAGGUUGCAAUGUGAAAAUCUGGUUCAAGGAAUCACAAGAGAGGCAUUGAUCUGCCAAGAUGUCUUUAGUAAGCAAUUGUGGGAUAAAAAAUAGGCUGUAAGCGUGAUGAGAUAUGGUAAAUGCUCUUACAAUUAAAAUUCAAAAUUAGCAUGCCGCAUGGAGAGCUGGAGGUUUGGAGAGGGGAGUGAUUUAUUUGCCAAAGUGCAGCUAUAAUGUGGUCAGAGGUGCAAUAAAUCUCAAGAUGAGACAGUUUUUUGGUUUGUUCAGAUUUGCCCACAAUUUCAAGCCUCAGUGAGGAUAGAUUAGGGGGUUACGGCGGUAAUGGUGACUCUUGGAUGGUUAGAAGUGGAGCUAUCAUGGUAUGAAUGAAGCACUGGAGAAUAAGGCUGUAGUCCAUGAGUGGUUGAAAGUGACGUGAAAUAAAGGUUAUUGGGUACAAAGGAGGAGGAAUGGACUUCACUUGCUUCUCUGAUGUUCUGUCAUUUAUUGAAUACAUAUAUUAAGUGCAUAGACAGAGAAGCUUGAUGAGAGGAUUGAAUAGAAAAAGAUAAAUAAAUUAUUUGUAUGUGCAUCUGUUGAGACAGACAAAGAAUAGGUGUGCAAAGGGAGUGUGUGCAAGAAAAAAAGCUAAAGUAAAUACAUUUUAGUAUUCUAGCUCAGGCAGAGACCAUAUGAUAUACUGAAAUAAAACAUGCCAAAUGUGUACAUCGCUAAUCAUUAUAUACAUAUAUAUAUAUAUAUAUAUUUUAUUUUUUUUUAAAUGUUGUUCUGCAUAACAGUCAAUGUGUAUUUCCUCCGUUAUCUAGUGUGUGUGACUGUUUAAAGGAAUAUUCUGGUUUAAUACAAGUUAAGUGAAAUCGACAGCACUUGUGGCAUAAUGUUGAUUCACACAUACACACACAUACAAAAAUAAUAAUUUCGACUUGUUCUUCCUUUUCUUUUAAAAAGCAAAAAUCUGGAUUACAGAGAGACUUGCAAUCAAAGUGAACACUAAAAUGUAAUGUAAAUUUUAAAAUACUCAGCCAUAAGAUGUAAACAAAAUGUGUGUUAGCAUUAUUUUAAAGCAGAGCAAGUUAAGCAGUGUGGAAAAAAAACACUAACCUCUUUUGUGUAAAUUUAUAUCCAAAUUUACAACUUUGUUUGCCAUGACAACAUAACUCUUAAAGUCCUGAAAUGACCGCAAAAAUUACAAGAACAACACAGAAGACAUUUCUGCAUCUAAAUCCUCCAAAAUUUGUCUCUAUUCAUUUCCACUGCAAGUGCCUCACAGUAACCUUAUUUUAAAGAAAACUAGGAAAAAGUGGAAAUUAAUUAAUUAAUUAACAUUAUGCCAGAAAUGCUGUCAAAAAAGUUUAAUUUACAUUAAGCCCGGAAUAUACCUUUAAUUGCAAUCUUAGUAUGAGUGAAUAUGUAAAUGCUGAUAGCUGUAUGUAUGCUUGCUUCUGUAUGUGGGUAUUUGUUAAACUUUUUUGUAGUACUAAAGCCCUUAACUUAAGUUAUGCUUUAUAUACAUUCCCGACUUGAUUGCUGAAAAAAAACAAGAGAGAGAUUCUGUCAAUGGAACAUUCCACAAAUGUAGACGUGAGUGUGAUGCAUGGGUCUAUUUUAGGUGUUAAUGUGUGUGCAAAUGUGCUCAUUUUUGAGCCACUUAGGAAUCCUUUCCCCCCAUUUUCAGUGCACUGCAUUUGCAAUCAGAAAUGUGACCCUGGCCACUCGCUUUCAUUUAAUACUGGCAUAAAUUCAGCUCUGAAAUGGAACAUUCAUGGAUGAUUCAGUAGAUCCCAGUAAAUUGUAGGCAUGAUUACGCUGCUUUUCAUUUGAGCUCUGCCGUAUCAGUAUGUGAAACAACUAUUUAAAAAUGUAAAAAUGAAAUGCAAAGGCCAUUCGUGGAGACUUGCGUAGCUCUAAUAAUUAUUUAUAAUUUACUGUAGACAUUAUUUCUUGUUAUUUUGAAAUGUUAAAUCAAUGUUUUUAAAUAUAUUUAUUGUAUAUUCAGAAUAGCUAGAUUAUUUGUCUUAGCCUUGUGUUAUCAAGCAACAAAAUAGCUUAGGCAUAAUGCUAUAAACUAUUUUCAUCUAUCCAGUGUUCUCAUUAAAGAUUUAUUCAGUGAAAAUAGCCUCAUUUAAGUGUGUAGAUGGGUUUAUUCCCAUUUGUAUGCCACAGCUCUUCAUUGAACUGACUCCCAUGGUCUCUUUAUAAAUUAUCCACAUCUGCAAAUGAAACAGAAAACCCCAUGUCUGGAUACUUGAUGUUUUUGAGAUAGCAAACGUCUCUUGCAAAUUAUAACUUACAGUUUAUGUAAGGGCAGAAACAGCUUAAUAUCCACUAAUGUCUUUAAUUAAUGUUUUUCAUUUGAGAUGUUAUUUACCAAAUACAUUGCUCAGCAUUAUGGAAAACAAGUACAUGUCUGGGACAAAGUGUUAAUUCAUGGAAAAUAAUAAUUAAAGCAGAGAAAACAAUUGUCAUGUAAAGUGUUCAAUUACUGUCUUCACAUUAUAGUAAAAUUAUUUACUAUUUGCUGUAUGUAGGGAAGACUGGGGCUAGCUGUCACACAGUCGAUAUCCCAGUAAUUAAAAAGGUUUUCCCUUUUGAAAAAAAGAGUAGAACUUAAUUGUAUUAAAUGUGCACUUUUAUUGUACUUCAAAUCUUAAAAGUGUAUUUUAAAAAAACAGCACUUGCAGAUAAUAUACUAAUGAAAUAAAAAGGCCACUUAAGUGUACACAUUUAUGUGAAACUACUUUUAAAAGGUGUACUUUGUAAUAAUGUCAAAUUAACAGUUUUACUUUUAAGUACAUUUAAAAUAAAAUAAUAUUCUUUAAAAUUUUAUAAAAUAAAAUUUUAAAGAAGUACAGCUAUUUUGAUGUGUUGACCAACAUACUAAUUAUAAUUGAUCAUAAUUUUAACUGCAUUGUGUUUAAUAUUGCAUUUAAAGUUAAUAAAGGUAUAUUUUAAAUAUACUAAAUUGUAACUUCAUUGUUACAAAUGUGUAAUUACAAAUUUAAAUACAUGGCAAUCACAUUUGGCAUUACUUUAUAUUUUAGUUUAGCAUAAUUGCUUCUCAUUCGGCAGUACACUAAGCAUAUUUCAAAGACAAUAAAAAAUGAUUAUGAAAUUACAUAAAGAUGUACUUAAGUGGGUCAAAACUAAAGCAAUCUAAAGUUAAACUAAUUGCAUUUAGUUUUUUUUUUUUUUUCUUACACACUAAAAGUGGUACUUGAGGCCCCCUCCGUGAAACCAUUCAAUCAUACCUAAUCUUCAGACCAAGUCUGCAAAACUGCAAGCACAUUAUCUGCUUUACACUCAGUUUGCAAUUGUAAAACAAACUUUUAGCAAAAUGCUAAACACAGUUGUCUACAAUAGACACACCAUUCAAAACUAACAGCUCUUGUGUUUCAUUUGGAAAACACUGCCAUUCAAAUGUAUGUCAUAGUUAUGGACUCUUAUUUUGAUAGUGUGUUUUGUUUAGUUUAGUGAGUUCCUGUUUCCCUGCUCUGUUUAGUUUUGGUUUCCUUGGUUACUGAUUAUAUCUUUGUUUGUUCAUAUGGUUACAUAUGAUUUGCACCUGUCUGUCAUUAUAUUUACUUGGCAUUUGUACUCCCUAUUUGGUUAAGUCCUUUGUCGGUUAUCGUGCUUUAUUUACGUGUGUAGUUUACUAUACCCUCCUAGAUGUCCUCCUGUGUUAUUCUCCAUGUUCAUUAAAGACUUUGUUUGUUA